AUGCUGCUCCCCGAGUCGACUUCCUCCGCUGCGGAGGGAGUUUCUGAUGCACCUAGCAUCGCGAUCCAUAAUCCCGAAGAAUAUGAAGAGGAACGUUCGAGAUGGAAGGGCAAAGGAAAGGCUACCGCGCCAAGGAUAGAUCCUGGGUCCGUAUCAAACGGCCUGUCUGAUAGUGAGAUACCCGUCGACUGGACCCAAUACGAUCCCCCGGAAGGCCUGAAGGAUCCAGCUGGUUGUAGCACAGAUAUCGUUAUCCAAAUCAUACAGGAAUCCAUUGAUAGAGUUAAGGCGCGAAUAGUCGAGGAAGCGGAGAGACGAGAGACAGAGGAUGAAGUUAAGAAAUUAAGACAGGAGGAGAGACUUAGGCAAGAAAACGAAGACGCAAAAUAUGCCGAAACUUUGAAUUCAUCCCUGGAUGAAAUGCUGGGGGAACAUGGCGUAUCACUCGACAUCCCGGCCGAAGCUAGCUUACCAGAACGACCAGCGAAGUCGAAGAAGCGAAAAUUAAUGAAUCUUCUCCGUCGACUGAAUAAUAUUGGGGAGAAAGGCGAGUCGAGCGCAACCGGAGCAACUCUUCAUAGACGCGACGUAUCUUGGAGUAGCAUUGAACAAAGCACCCAGACAGCGAAAAGGAAGAUCGUAUCUGAGGUGUUGAAGAGGACGACAACAAAUAGCAGUGGAGGCGCUUCGGUCCGUAGCACAGAACUGGAAUGCGUUUCCUGUCUAGAUGACUUCAGUCCCAAGGAGAUGGUCAAGGCUCCAUGUCACAGCUAUUGCAAACCCUGCUUUCUACGUCUCAUAUCGACGGCCUGCCAAAACGAACAGCAGUGGCCUCCCAAAUGCUGCUUAAAUAUUAUACCUACUAAAACCAUAAAUGCCAACAUAAACGACGACCUAAAACAGACAUAUCGCAACAGAGCAGCCGAGUGGAAUAUACCGGUGAGCGAGCGGAUUUACUGCAACCACGCCAAUUGCAGCGUCUGGAUUCGGCCGAACCAAAUUAACCGCGCCCAAAAUACGGCAACAUGCUCAGCAGGUCACAGGUCUUGUAUCAUCUGUCGCGGUCCGCGACACGAGGGAAAUGAAUGUCCGCAAGAUAGAGAUAUGAUGAGAACCGACGAGCUUGCGGAAGUAGAGGGGUGGAAGCGUUGCUAUGGCUGCCACGCGUAUGUCGAGCAUAGAGAGGCAUGUCAACACAUGACCUGUCGAUGCGGCGCCGAAUUCUGCUACGUAUGCGGGGCACGCUGGCGAACAUGUGGUUGCGGAAUGGAGGAAUUAGCCGCCGUCAAAAGAAGAGCGGAAGAGCGACGCCAAGCUCGUCGGGAUAUCGAAGCUUUAGAAGAGGCAGAUAUUCAGGAAGCUCUACGUCUAGUAGCAGAAUUCGAACGCGAAGAGGCGCUUAAAGCUGAGUUGCUACAACGGGAACGGGAACGAAUAGCCGCCGAGCGCCGGGCGAAGAAAAUUGAAGAACGGAUCAAACACGAAGGCGAGAGACGGCGACUUGUGGGGUUGAAAUUCCAGGAACUCCGGGAGGUAUUCGCGAAUCUACACGAUCUCCAACGGAUCGACGUGCAGCGCACGCACAGCGAAGAACAAGUCAGCCUCGAAAUGACAACCGCUGCGACAUUAGUGGAAUUUCAGGAAAGUUGGAAGGAAGAACACGAGAAACUAAAAAUGACUGCUAAGGCUAAGCUGGCUAAGAAAGAGGAGGCGCUCAAAAAGGAGUACGUGGCGCGCGUGAUCGCGGAACAUCGUAUCGAGGAGCAGUAUCAGGCGGAAUUGAAGACGUACUGGUCUCGCUCUCGCAAAGAAGAUCGGGAGGAACGGGCUGAGGCUGCGAUGAAGGAGCUUAGACGUAAAAUGGACGAUGGCUUUAAGAGCUGGGAGAAAUGGCGGGAUAACGAACUAGCGACUUAUAGCUGGGAUGUUAAAGAAGAGCUGGGUAUCCGGGAGGAGCGUAUGGAGGUGGAGGAGCGGAGGUUGGUGGAGAAUACGCGGGAACAGCAGGACGAAUUCGGGAGGCGCAAGGCUGCGGAGUUACGGUGGGUAGAUGUUGUUGUUGAGGAACGCGAUCGCAUGCUUAAUGAUAUGGAGAUCGAUGAGAUUGAGAGGGGCGAGGAUGUUGAUGCUUGGUUUGAGGAUGAUGGGUUUGAUGAUGGGUCUAUUGAGGAUAUUGAUAUUGAGAUACCGCGGGAGAUGAUAUGGCGACCUCCUAUGCUAGGGAUAAUGCCUAGUCUCAUUUGGUCGAAGUCAUAG